AUGCUCAAUGGAUUGGAAAAUAAAGAGCACAUUGUCUAUUUCGACAACUUCUUCAAUAGUACCGAACUUCUGGAAGACCUGAAGAAAAAACUAAUUCAUGCCUGUGGUACCGUAAAUCCAUCGAGAAAAACUUUGCCGGUGUUUAAACCGGAUCGAAAAUUGAAGAGGGGGGAAUUUGAAGUUUUUAGCAAUCCAUCAAGAAUUGUAGCUUUUAAAUGGAGAGAUAAGCGUAGUGUCUAUUUACUGUCAAAUUUUCAUUCUCCUUUUGGAACCACUGAGGUCAAUAGGAAAGAAAAGAAUGGUACUACAACCAAAGUUCGUUGUCCGCAAGCGCUGUCAGAUUAUAACGCCAACAUGAAUUUUGUUGAUAAAUUUGAUCAAAAUCUGAAUUUGUACAAAAUAAACAGGAAAUCAAAAAAAUGGUGGCACAGGAUAUUCUUCUACUUUCUCGAUGCAGCAGUAGUAAACGCUUUCGUUUUAUAUAAAGAACUUCAUUCGCCAAAAAUAUCCAUGAAAGAGUUUAGAAGAAGCGUAUCACAAGGACUAGUUGCAGACCUGGUUAUAAAAAACAAAAGGAAAGCUUAUAGCUGUGGAGAAACAGUUGCUAAAAAACAGUUUAAGCCAUUCAUUCCCCUAGAAAUUAGGCACAACCAAAGUUCCCUCAACCGGAAAGAGAUUCUCGGCGGCGAUGUGCAAAAUGCAGUACAUCAAAACAGCAAGUUCGUACCAACUGGAUAUGUUCGGUUUGUCGAGUUCCUCUCUGUCUGGGGGCAAACAAGACAUGCUUCCAGGACUUCCACACUUUCGAGUAAAAUUAUACUGGGGCAAUGGUAUGUAUGUACCACGUAA